AUGAAAGUGUUUGAAGUAAGGCGAUUGCGAAGAAACUGAGUGCCCGUGUUCAGAAACACGAACAGACAGGUUCGGAAUCGGCAACGAUUCCAGACGAAAGCAAUUGCUGCUUUUCUGGUUUUCAAAUAUAGUGGAGGAGGUGGGGGUGGUUGGCCGCCUGUGGGACCGUUUGGGCCGGUCGGCGCGGGUUAUGGGCCAGGGCCAGGGCAAGUUGGAGCUUGGGCACCUGGUGGCGGCACUGGAGCGUUUGUUGAGGGCUUGAAUGAUUACGAGAAUUUACAAUAUACCGGACCGAUUACAAUCGGAACUCCGCCACAGUCGUUUACAGUAGUGAACAUCAAGGUGCUCUUCGAUACUGGCUCAUCGAAUUUAUGGGUUCCAUGUGAAGGAUGUAGAUCGGCUGCAUGUACAAAUCAUAAUCGAUUCCGUUGUGAUCAGUCUGCCACUUGCAUUGCCACUAGAGAUCCAUUCCAUAUCAAAUACGGCACCGGAUCGAUGUCUGGUCAUGUGGAUCUGGAUACUGUUUGCUUUAGCGGUGCUGGACUAUGUACAGAUCGAAAUCAAGGAUUUGCGUGUGCUAGACACGAACCGAAGAGUGUAUUCAAUUCAGCCAUUUUCGAUGGUAUUUUGGGAAUGGCAUGGGAUUCGAUCUCGGUGGACGCUAUUCCACAGCCACUCGAUCAAAUUAUGGCGAGUCCGUUCUGUGAGCUGCCAGUAUUUGCGUUUUGGUUGAGUCGUGAUUUGAACUCUCAGCAGGGUGGUGAAAUCACGAUUUGCUCGAUAGAUCCAAGCAGAUUUCAAUUGGAUGCAGUAACUGUGAACGGUGUGGUCGUGUCGAAUUCGAUCGGUGCUGCAGUUGAUACGGGAACUUCGUUGAUUAUUGGACCAACGAAUGCCAUUAAUCAGGGUCAGCUGGUUUGGGUACCGUUGCUAGUGCAAAGCUAUUGGCUAAUCCAGUUGGAUGCAGUAACUGUGAACGGUGUGGUCGUGUCGAAUUCGAUCGGUGCUGCAGUUGAUACGGGAACGUCGUUGAUUAUUGGACCAACGAAUGCCAUUAAUCAGCUGUUCAGUCAGAUUGGUGUAUCACAAGGCAAUGAUGGCAAUAAUAAUCUUGAUUGUUCUCUACAAAACUCAUUACCCGAUGUGGUGUUCACUUUUGCUGGCAUGGAUUUCAUCCUGUCAUCAAGUGAUUAUAUCAUACAGUUCGAUGACGGCACCUGCACAGUAGCAUUUGACGGCGGUGAUCCAACCGCAUCAACAGGACCCAUAUGGAUUCUAGGCGAUGCUUUCAUUGGUCGAUUCUAUACAGUAUUCGAUCGUGGUAAUGCGCAAGUGGGAUUCGCUAAUGCGGUUUGA